AUGGCACCGAGAGGAGGUGAGGAUUGGAUGGCCGUCAUCCUACGUGCAUUGCAUGCUGGCGGUGUGAAGGAUCAGAGGGCGGAAAGAGGAGCUGGGUCGAGGGGAGGCAGACAACUGGGGGUGCCUGGGCCGUCCGAUCUGCAAGCCAGUCCCCAGCCGAUUCAAGCGGCUCGUUCCCUGCCCGCGCACCAGCUUCCUAGGGCAAACGCCUUUCAACGAGAACGUGCCCCCUCCAUCAAGCAGGCUGUGAGAGGGUGCGGGCACGGGGCACCAGGGUCAUUCGGAGAGGGCCACGCUCUUGACCGUCUGACUAGUGUGGCUAGGCGGCGCAGGAACUGGAAAGAGGCAAAACAGCGGUCACGCCCGAGGUCAGCAACGAUCCUUUUUCGCUGGCGGAGAAAGGACGAGCGGAUUCCUUCCAGGUUCCAAGGCCAUCCUUCUGCGACUUCCUCCCAUAUUCUCAUUUCCCUUGGACUCCUUUCUAGGUCAGCAUCCUCCUCGACAACGACGACGACGGCGGCGGCGACGGCGAAGACGACAAUUUACGAAGUCGACAAAGGGGUGGUUUGCGAAACCAACACCUAUUCUCUCCAAACUCCGGCAGCGUCUCCCCUUUCCCACCCAGCAUCAACUCGACGGCACAAGCAGACCAUGCAUCGCAAGAACCCCAUUAGUGUGCUCGUCUACAACAGCCUCUUCCCGACACCUUCACCCACAGAUCCCCCGUCCUUCAGCGCGCACCUCUCCAAGAACCUCGUGGGCGAAGUUCGCAUCGAGACGGCAAAUUUCUAUGGUUCGCUCGACACAAUCGAAGCGCGCUAUCCAGGCCUGAACUACGCUUUUGCACCACAUCGGAAGCGUCUAGGCCGCUUUCCGCACCACCGACGCCUCUUCGAAGCAUUCGACCGCCUGGGUUUGACCGAGGCAGAAAUACAAGGAUUCUGCAGAUGGGAAGGCACGCUUUGGGCGCGUGAGCGAUACGAGCGCGACGAGGGUGUACGGGUAGAAGACACAACCGGAGUAGAGAUCAAGGAAUGGGUCGACCGAAGAGGCCAGCGGAACCCGCACAACAGCAAGGGUAUCAACGUAAAGACAGACAUUGAAGUCGAAAUUGAACAACUCGCCAACAACACAAGCACAUCGACGCACGCUGCUGAUAGGGGAACCAUGUCUUCGCGACCUCAACAGCAACAGCAACAGCAACAGCAGCAACAACAACCACAGCAGCAACAACAAUCACAGCAGCACCAACAAUCACAGCAGCAACAGCAACAGCAACAGCAACAUACCGACACCGAAAUGCCCGACUCCUCAUCCUCCUCCGACACCGACGACGCAGAACUCGACUCCGAACCCUCCCUCAGCACCAGCAUCGGCUUCUCCCUCAACGCGCGGCUCCUGCAUGCCGCUGCCCUCCGCGACCAAGGCGCCAAUGUGUCCAUGGACCCGGAAUGGGAACAAUAUCUCAAAGAGGCGCAGGAGAGGGGUGAGCUCAACAUGGAUGCCACGCGCGAGGCGCUGCGCAACAUGGCCGGCCACAUGGCACUGUUGCAUCAAAAUUAUGCGCAGACGCAGCAGGCCGUGGGAAGCGCCGAGGGGGCAGAAGGUGUGGGCUUGGAAGCCCCUGCAGCGCCGGCUUAG